AUGUGCGCUGCGAGCGCCGAGCCUAGCGCAGAAGAGCUGCAGCUGCAUAGGAGACACGACCACGGCGCAGAUGUCUGGGAGGGGGUGCACGCGAGUCUCGAGGCGGUCUUGGACGAGGACAGCGAGCCUGAUUCGGAGCUGACAGCGUCGGCGCAACGCGAGUGGGAGGGCGAAGGCAGCGCGGCAGCGCCGCGGUACGACGACAUAGGGAGCGACGUAGAAGAGUGGGAUGGGGGCCGAGGAUGCUUUGCGGCUGCGCCACCGCGGAAGGUGGUGCCCAUAUCGCCUGAGGACCUGGCGAACGCGCCGUCCAAGCGCCAGGUGGAGCCCUCGGUCUCAGCGAGCGGUGGAAGGCGGCUCACCGCCAAGAGCAGACCGUUCUGGGCGCUUGAACUCGAGCGGAAGGCUAACGCGGCGCAAGGAGAGGAUCCGCAGCCGCUUCAGCCACCCGAAGAGGCGUAUCGGCUAAUCUUCUACGCGACAGACGAGGAGUAUUGCGCAAUAUUCGGCGAGCGUGAGCCGCCACUGGCGGCGGCCGUGAUGCCGCAUCGGCCUGCAUCCCACCGAACGACGCACGCUGGCCGAACGGUGUCAGGCCGAUCGCUCGCGCCGUUCAUGGAGCCGGAGGAGGGGCACGUGGUCCGACGCAAAUGGUGGUCACGGGCGAAGCUGGGCAACGUAGAGGUGGUCACGGGGAGGCGAAGGUCGCAGGACCCGCACCAGCCGUGGUACGUGGGCGAGGAGUAG